UUUUUACAUGUGAGCCACAGUGCCAUUUGGUGGAACACUGCAACAACUGCAAGCGUUUCCUUUUUUGAGAGCUCAAGCGACCUUGCCACUAGCUAAAUUUAGCUUAGCUUGUGAUCAGCUGAAGAGCGCAAACGAGAUGGCUGCCAGCAGGGUCCCAGUUGUCACGCUGUGACAUCAAAUGGCGGCCAUUUUGGCGAGCGCCUCGGUCAGCACCAUGAAGACCUUGUGGGAGACCAAGAUCCAGAAAAUUCAGGAGAAUCACAACAAGCAGAGAAGGAAGCCAGGCAGCAGAUUGCUUGCGGCGGACGUUUGGGAAGAGCGCCACACGCUGGCUCGCCUGCGAGACAAAGUGACGAUGCAAGAUGGCCGGCUGCUUCUGUGCCUGGAGCAGGAGGAGUGGAAGGUGAGCGAGUUCAUCGUCACGUCACCGCUCCAUCAGGCUUACGCCGGAACUCCAACAAUGGCACUGCCGGGCUGCCUGGUGCGGCUGAGUCAGGUCCAAGAGUGGCACAUCCACCGGACGGGACUGCAGAAGAUUCCGAGCUUCAUCUCCCUCUUCAGCAAUCUCCUGGUCCUCGACUUGUCGCGGAACGGGGUGACUGAGAUCCCCAAAGACAUCGGCAGCUUGACGCAACUUCGGGAACUUUUGCUCAGCUAUAACAAAGUCCGCUUGGUUCCGGAGGAACUGGGAGACUGCGAGAGCCUUGAGAGGCUGGAACUUGCCGUCAACCGCGAGCUGGACCGGCUUCCGGACAAGCUGAGCCAGCUGAGGCGCCUGGUUCGCGUGGACCUGUCCAUGAAUGCCUUUGGCACCAUCCCGCCUUGCCUGCUGCGCAUGCCGGCACUGGAGUGGCUUGACAUGGCGGGGAAUCGCCUUUGCUCCCUGCCCCAAGACAUUCACAGGAUGCAGAAGCUGCGCGCCCUCUGGCUGCAGAGGAACAUGCUGGAGACAGUUCCGGAAAGUGUGGGCAGGAUGUCCCGCCUGGACACACUGGUCCUGAGCGGUAACCGGCUGAGUGACAUCCCCCCAGUCAUGGAGGAGAUGGACAACCUCAGGUUUGUGAACUUCCGGGACAACCCGCUGACGCUGGAGAUGGCCGACGCCGCCGACGAGGAGGAGGAGGAGGAGCGUGAGAUGUUCGGACGAGAGUUCAUGCUGACGUACAUCCAGGAGGCCCGCAAGAGAGCGCUUGAUGAGGCCAAUUAGGAGGGAGGAGACGGAGGCGAGAGGGGCGUGGCCGUCAACAGGACAUUUUCCGGGGUCACCUGAGUGUCAACGUAACGCGUUAGCCGUCCACAGAAUCCUUGGCGGCGCAGGAACUCGAUUCUGCCGGCGUCCAGCAGAUGCUUGCAGCGGCGACCAAUCCGCUCGCGCUCAGCCGGCGACAGCCACCUGCCGACGGGAAAUAAAGGCAAACAAGCAAAGUU